GGCCGGGCCGUCCCCCUUCCGGGCGCCGCCAUAAAGGGGCCUCGCGGGGCUCUGGCCGUGGCCGCAGCGCUCAGCUCCCGCGCCCGACCCCGCCAUGGCCCCCCGGCCCCUCCUGCUGCUGCUGCUGCUCCUCGGGGGCUCCGCCGCGCGCCCCGCGCCCCCCAGGGCCCGGCGACACUCAGACGGGACGUUCACCAGCGAGCUCAGCCGCCUGCGGGAGGGCGCGCGGCUCCAGCGGCUGCUGCAGGGCCUGGUGGGGAAGCGCAGCGAGCAGGACGCAGAGAACAGCACGGCCUGGUCCAGGCUCGGCGCGGGUCUGCUCUGCCCGUCCGGGUCCGAUACGCCCACCCUGCAGGCCUGGAUGCCCCUGGGCGGGGCCUGGUCUCCCUGGCUGCCCCCUGGGCCCAGGCCUGGGGUUAUGGUUUCAGAACCUGCCGGUGCUGCUGCAGAAGGGACCCUGCGACCGAGAUGAGGAAGGAGCCCCCUCACCACCUGCCCAGCCGAGGAGCGGAGCUGCAUUUGGGGUGGUGGGCAGGCUGGGGGAGAGGGGGAGGGGUGGAACUCGGCACCAAUAAAGGAGAAUCAGACCCAGACACUGGGAGUUGGUUGUGUCCACUUGGUGUAAUCGAGGCAACCCCUGUGUAGCGGGGCUGUCAGAUGGAAGGGGGCCCCAUCCACCCAGCCGGGACUGUGACCACACCCAGCUGCCCUUUACACCUGGCGGCCACAGCUGGCCCCUCAUCCUUAUCUCUGGCAUCAGUGCCGCCUCCUGUACAUCGACUAAGCACCGCAGGGCCCCGCCCCCCCUUGUCUUCAUUAGGAAACAGUCAAGGGCUCAGGGGGAGCCCGGACAGACUCUCAGCUCCUGCCCCGGGGCCCGUGUGGUCAGUGUUUCCGGAAGGGGCAGUGGGGAGGGUGUGGAGGGGCCAGGGAGGCUCAGGCGGGCAGGAAGAGGGGAGGGCAGAGGUGUCACCUGGGGUGCCAGGAGUCCACUCUGGCAUGAGGACUCCGGACCCUCUGUCUUGUGUGGCCUCAGACCAGUGGCUUGACCCCUCAGAGCCUGUGGAGUAUGGAGCGUGCAGGGCUUGCAGGCGACCGUGAGGGCACAGUGCAGGGUUGGGACACUGAGCCCAGCCCCAGCCACGAGAGGCCAGAAGCUUCGGUGCACAGGCCUGGAGAGGAAUGACUCCACUCCCCGCCUCACGACAGCCCCUUCCUCACCCCGACCCCAGCCAGUGGCCUCUCCCUAGAGCUGGGGGCUUGCGGGGGCCAAUGAAAAGAGCAGGGCAAG